AUCAUAAAUUAUGAUGGCUCUACAACAAAGUAAUUACUUAUUCUUAGUAAUUAGCUCUGAAGAAAUUUGAUUUUUUUGGAUAAUUCAUAACUCUAAAUAUGAACAAACAAAAUUGUUACACCACCUCAUUGGGAGGGGUAUCCUCCAUUAUGAUAAUCAUAUUUCUUGGAAUAUUCUUUUACAGUAACAUAGUGGGUUUUGUGACUAAGUAAAAGGCGAAUGCAAAAUUGUAAACUCUUUUCAACAUUGAUCCUGAUAUGGUUAUAUUGAACAAUACUAAUUUUAUGACAGCCUUUUCCAUUGAUUAAGCGAACUUUACAAGUCAACCCCUAUUCAAUAUUACUUUAGAAUAAAAGUAGUAGUAGUCAUUAAUAUUUUUAGGUAUUAUCAUAGGCAAGCAAAUGGAACGAUGAGCAAAACAAGUGCUUUUAUAGAUCUUUAACCUUGCACAAUGGAUCAAUUCACCACAAAAGUCUAGAAUGGAAAUUCAAAAACAAUCGAACAAUAAUUUUAGUCUUUAGGAAUGAUUAAUUGGCUUUGUCCAAAGUAAAUAUCAUAGUAAAUUUCUAAGAGACGAUUUUAAAUUUAAAUUAUAAGGCUCUUACGGAAGUGAGGAUUUCUAUUUCGUUAAGAUAACAGUCAAGGAUUGCGUGAAUAACACAAAUCCUUCAUUAGACUAAUGGAAUCCAAUCUGUGCUAGUCAGGAGCAAUUUGAAAAUGCCUUCUCCAAAGACGGCUUUUUCAAACUCUAAGUCUAUCAAAUAAACACGGUUGUGAAUCCUGCAUCUCCAUCCAAUUACCUUGAAAUCUAUCUAGACAGCGAUUUAUAUUUUAACUUUGUACCUAAAUCAUUUAGUAAUAUGGCAAACAUCUAUUACAGGCAAUAUGAAAUUAACAACGACAACAGCAUCGUGCCAUUUUAAGAGGUAGAAAAACAAAAGAUCAUUUUGAGAACUUCUGAAGACUUUCGAGAUUUAUCACUGACAGCUACACUACCCAAUUAAAAUUAUGCAGAAAUCUUCUUAAGAAGAAGUUAAAUGAAUGCUUAAAUUGAUAGAAAUUAUUAGCAAAUAGGUGAAUUGUUAUCUUAUCUUGGUGGAUUUAUGCAAAUCACUAAGCUUAUCUUUGGACUUUUCAUUGCAUUCUACAAUAGGACUUCGUGUACAAAAUAUAUAUAAACUGUAGUGUUGAUUGAGUUAUCCAACAAAUUGUAUGAUUUCAAAGAAGGAUAAGAUAGAUUAUAGAGUAAUCCUUCAUUUAGUUCCAGAACACCAAGAUUCAUUUAGGAUGCUUUUAAGUUGAAAGGGUUGUUGGAUACUAAAAAUUCAGAGGGAGAUGGUAUGAUUUGACUUAAUUGGUAGUGAAAAAAAGAUCGAAUACUGUGAUUAGAUAGAAUGUACUGAAGAAAUUAAUUAAAAAGUCAGAACCUAUUAGGUUCAGUGUGAAGUUAUUCUUAAAUCAAANUUAUGAUAAUCAUAUUUCUUGGAAUAUUCUUUUACAGUAACAUAGUGGGUUUUGUGACUAAGUAAAAGGCGAAUGCAAAAUUGUAAACUCUUUUCAACAUUGAUCCUGAUAUGGUUAUAUUGAACAAUACUAAUUUUAUGACAGCCUUUUCCAUUGAUUAAGCGAACUUUACAAGUCAACCCCUAUUCAAUAUUACUUUAGAAUAAAAGUAGUAGUAGUCAUUAAUAUUUUUAGGUAUUAUCAUAGGCAAGCAAAUGGAACGAUGAGCAAAACAAGUGCUUUUAUAGAUCUUUAACCUUGCACAAUGGAUCAAUUCACCACAAAAGUCUAGAAUGGAAAUUCAAAAACAAUCGAACAAUAAUUUUAGUCUUUAGGAAUGAUUAAUUGGCUUUGUCCAAAGUAAAUAUCAUAGUAAAUUUCUAAGAGACGAUUUUAAAUUUAAAUUAUAAGGCUCUUACGGAAGUGAGGAUUUCUAUUUCGUUAAGAUAACAGUCAAGGAUUGCGUGAAUAACACAAAUCCUUCAUUAGACUAAUGGAAUCCAAUCUGUGCUAGUCAGGAGCAAUUUGAAAAUGCCUUCUCCAAAGACGGCUUUUUCAAACUCUAAGUCUAUCAAAUAAACACGGUUGUGAAUCCUGCAUCUCCAUCCAAUUACCUUGAAAUCUAUCUAGACAGCGAUUUAUAUUUUAACUUUGUACCUAAAUCAUUUAGUAAUAUGGCAAACAUCUAUUACAGGCAAUAUGAAAUUAACAACGACAACAGCAUCGUGCCAUUUUAAGAGGUAGAAAAACAAAAGAUCAUUUUGAGAACUUCUGAAGACUUUCGAGAUUUAUCACUGACAGCUACACUACCCAAUUAAAAUUAUGCAGAAAUCUUCUUAAGAAGAAGUUAAAUGAAUGCUUAAAUUGAUAGAAAUUAUUAGCAAAUAGGUGAAUUGUUAUCUUAUCUUGGUGGAUUUAUGCAAAUCACUAAGCUUAUCUUUGGACUUUUCAUUGCAUUCUACAAUAGGACUUCGUGUACAAAAUAUAUAUAAACUGUAGUGUUGAUUGAGUUAUCCAACAAAUUGUAUGAUUUCAAAGAAGGAUAAGAUAGAUUAUAGAGUAAUCCUUCAUUUAGUUCCAGAACACCAAGAUUCAUUUAGGAUGCUUUUAAGUUGAAAGGGUUGUUGGAUACUAAAAAUUCAGAGGGAGAUGGUAUGAUUUGACUUAAUUGGUAGUGAAAAAAAGAUCGAAUACUGUGAUUAGAUAGAAUGUACUGAAGAAAUUAAUUAAAAAGUCAGAACCUAUUAGGUUCAGUGUGAAGUUAUUCUUAAAUCAAAUUACAUGCGGAAUAUGUUUCAACGAGAGAAACUCGAAGUUUUUAAAGAAAGCUAUGUAAAUUUAAAUUACAAUUAUAAUAGUGAUAAAAUGAAUGAAGACUUGGAUUUGCACAGUAUCCUCUUUAAGAUAAAUGAGAUUAAUAAAUUAAAGGAAGUGCUUUUUAAUUAGUCUCAAAUAAUUCUAUUUAACUUUACACCGAAACCUAUUAUUGCACUGAAUGACGAUUAGGCAAUACCAACAAGAAUGAACUUUGAAGAUGAUGAAUAGCCAAUUCAACCCUUCAAACAAUAACUUAGUUAUUAUGACAAAAAUUUACAUAACAUAGUUUAUUAAGUAAAUAAAUGAUUUACCUUACAGGCUUACACUGAUAUGUUGGAAGAGAUUGAAGAUGAGGAUGUUCCGAAGUGUUAGUUGGAAGUGGAUUUAAAGUUAAUUCACUUAUUGGGACAUGACAUAACUAAAAUCUUUAGCGAAUAACUACAAUUAGAUUAGCCUUAGAAUUACAUGGAUUUUAAGGUGGAUAGUGGAAAAAAUAGUUUAAGAACUCUGCAUUAAAUUGUUACUAAGAAAGAAAUUGAUAAAGUGGUUGAAACAGAAAGAAAUGAUGGAAAACUUAUUCUAUGA